AAUGCUUUGCUUAGGUCCUCUCCAAACGCAACCAACUUCAACCAAGCGGCCUCUUCCCCUCGUUCCAUCGCUUUCUUCAUCCUUCCCUGCCUGCCCUGGUGCCCCAAACAGAGAGAAUGGAUCAGCCGGGCCACACCACCCCGCCGGUGAUGGGCGUCGCCACUGGGGUGCCCUACGCCGCGGCUGCCGGCGGCGGCCCCUACCAGGCCUACCAGCAUCUGUACCACCAGCAACAGCAGCAGCAGCAGCAGCAGCUCCAGUUGUUCUGGGCCGACCAGUACCGCGAGAUCGAGCAGACCACCGACUUCAAGAACCACAGCCUGCCGCUCGCCCGGAUCAAGAAGAUCAUGAAGGCGGACGAGGACGUCCGCAUGAUCGCCGCCGAGGCCCCCGUGGUCUUCGCCAGGGCCUGCGAGAUGUUCAUCCUCGAGCUCACGCACCGGUCGUGGGCUCACGCCGAGGAGAACAAGCGCCGCACCUUGCAGAAGAAUGACAUAGCCGCCGCCAUCUCCCGCACCGACGUCUUCGACUUCCUCAUCGACAUCGUGCCGAGAGAGGAGGGGAAGGAAGACGUGGCCCGCCCGCUCGGUGGCCCGCCCACCGACCCGAUGUCUUACUACUAUGCCCAGCAGUAGCAGUAGCAGCAUCAGCAUCAGCAUCAGCAUCAACAAUGUGAGUCUUGUGUAAUGCUCUCCAUCUUGUGUUCUUUGCCUAAUGUAGCAGCAUCAGCAAUGUGUUGUGGGCAAAACUAAUCCUAAGGACUUGCUUGUCAUGUGGUCAGUUCUUGUGAUGGGUUGUGUUGCUCAACAUUGCCCCAUUCAGUUCCUUGUAUGUCUCACAACAAGUUUGUGCCAUGUCAAGCACUGUUGUUAAGUUUAAUUAUGGUUUCAAACAAUCUCAAUUGUGGUUGGUGUCA